AGACAUUGAUUAGGUACUUUGGGUGCAGACAAAACAUGGUGGUCUGAACUUCUCUUUACUGUUUGCCAAACAUUUAUCUUCUUAUACAUGUUAAACAACAAUUAGGCCCUUUUUAGUUUUAUUUUGGAACAUUUAUUGUGAAACUUUUCAUUAAUGAUGAAGAAGCAAACCAGAGGAAUUACCGCUUUUCAAGCAAAUGCAGGGAUGGGUGUGCAUGUCAAUUCUAGUCAAACUACAAACUCGCAAACACAAAAUCAAGGUGCAAAAGGAGUUAUGGUGGGCAUUAUACAGAAAAGUCCAGUAACAACAACGUUAACAAACUAUCCCACAAUGCAUCAGAUACCAGCAGCCAACCAUGCAGCUGUGGUGACUCCUGCUGCAGUCCCAUUAGCCAAUCAGAAUGGAUCAAUAGGACUGCCAGUGGGACAAAUGCCACAGAACGGUAUGGUGCAACAAACAACUGCUGCUCCCAUAAACAACCCAACAACAGCUCCAAAGCAACACACAGCCGGCACAACUGCAACUGCUACAAGCCCCGACACAGCAACUGAUGAACAAAGCUCUACAAACAACUUGGCAAACACAAAAGAGAAAACCCCAAUGUGUCUUAUUAAUGAAUUGGCCCGAUAUAAUAAGAUCUCUCACCAGUACACUUUGGUGGAUGAACAAGGUCCUGCCCACAAGAAGAUUUUCUACGUCCAGCUGAAACUUGGGGACACUGAGGAGUAUGCAGCAUCGGGGCCCAGCAUAAAGAAGGCCCAGCAUGCUGCAGCAGCAGAGGCCCUAGAGAAGUCAGCAUUUAACCACCCUCCAGCUAAACCCCCCAAACCCAACCAGAAUAGCUGGAUGACAGACUACAGGGACCAGCCCAUCACCCCUACUGUGGAAUUGAACGCCCUUGCCAUGAAGCGGGGAGAACAAACACUCUACAAACCCAUGGAGGCCCAGCGAACUCUGCCGUAUUAUCAGUGUCCCCCAAACUACAACUACAGAGGCUUAUAUAAUCAGAGAUAUCACUACCCACGUAUGAUGAGAGUCUUCUAUGUGUCCCUGAAAGUAGGUCAGAGGGAAUUCAUAGGGGAGGGGCCAACUCGCCAAGAUGCCAGACAUGAUGCCGCCAAAAAAGCUCUCCACAUCCUUCGCAAACUUCCUGUACCGAACGACGGAGAAAAGAAAAUUGAGAGUCUGACAGAAACAGAGGGAACAUCAAGUUGUCUGUCUGUAGAUGACAAGGAUGUGGCCAAGUCGGAGAUCAGUCUGGUACACGAGGUGGCCCUCAAGAGGAACAUGAGCGUUACCUUUGAUGUUAUUCGUGAGUCUGGUCCCCCUCACAUGAAGACGUUUGUGACGAGGUGUAAGGUCGGAGACAUGGAGACAGAGUCAGAGGGGAACAGCAAGAAAGUGUCCAAGAAAAAGGCAGCCGAGUUGAUGCUUGAGAAGCUGAAGGAGUUACCUGCCCUUCCCCCUUCUGUCAUCCGCCCCCGUACCAAGAUCAGCAAGAAAAAGAACAAAAACAUCAUCAAGCAACAAAUGCAGAAGGCAGACCCCAAUUAUGGGGUGGGAAUCAACCCGAUCAGUCGUCUUAUCCAGAUUCAACAGGCCCAGCAGAAAAAGGAACCAGUUUACACUCUGUUGAAUGAAAGAGGUCUUCCAAGACGCAGAGAAUUUGUCAUCCAGGUACAAGUUGAUGAUCAAACCUGCACAGGUGUUGGCCCCAACAAGAAGCUGGCCAAGCGGCAUGCUGCAGAAGCCAUGCUGACCCUGCUUGGCUACAACAAACCCUCUCCCCAGCCUGCCAAACCUGCCAUCAAGUCGGCCAGCAAUCAGGAGGAAACAGGGAUGAAGAAAGUCCACUUUCAAGAAUCAACAGAGGACAGUGAGAGUUCCAGUAACAGCAAAAGCAGUGGAGGAAGACAGCUGGUUCCCGGCCUAUUGAGGCUGCCCGACGCCAAGUACAAUGGGACAGUCUACAGACUGCCCCAGGGUGGGACACAGCCACUGGAUGGCCACAUUGGUUACAAUGGGAUAAGUAACACAGCCACAAGGCCCGAGGCUCAUCUCCGAGAGCUGACCAGUAGAAACAAUGUGGACAUCAAGUUUGAUGAGUUCCAGUCUGGACAGGGCACUACCAGUGAGUACUUGAGUCGAGUGACCCUCUUGUCCAACCCUCCUCGAGUUUUCCAUGGGAGCGGAAUGUCUGCGGAAUCAGCCAGAGACUCCGCUGCCCUGGAAGCAAUGAAAUUCCUGGAGGAACUGGGCAAAGGAGACAGUCCGCAAGUGCCACAAGUGAAGAUGGAAGUGAAGAUGGAAGGAGAUCUGGCCAUGACUCCCUCACUAGGUGGCGCUCACUCUGUUCGGGCAGCCACCAUGUAGAAGGACUCCGAUUUAAACUUUGAACUUUUUCUCCAUGUUGAGGGUUUUUGAAGAGCCUGGUUUGUGGAUACUUUGAAUGCUGUUGUUUUUCAGAUUUAUUUUUUACUCAAAAGUGGUUUAAAUCACUUCAAAUUAUCCAUUUUCCUGUUAACAUGCUUUUGAUCUUUAAAAAAUCAUCAGGAAAUUUUGUAUGUUCUAAGCAAUACUUUGCAGAAGAAGUAUGAUAUUUUUGCAUUUUUUUGGUCUUUUUUAUAUUAAUACUGACACACUUAAACAAGUCAUGUCAUAUAUUGCAUAUUUAUGCAUUUUUGUGUCAGUUUGGUACAUAUGUUAUUCUGUAUUAAUUAGAACUGUGAAAAUUUCCUGUGUUAUUAUAAUGAAUUUUUCAUUGAUGUUGUUAGGCUUGUUUCAUUCUAAUGAGCUAAUUGCUGUUGUUUUGCUUUUAAAAACCCUCAAAUGUUGACAGAAUGAGUAGCUUAUCUUAUAUACAAUAUGGAUUACAAGUAAUAGUCUCUUGUUUAAUUUUAUUUUUGAUUAUGAUUUGGUUAUUGUUUUUUCUAAUGUAACCUGCUCAUUCUAAUUUGAUAGUUCAAAGUUUAGUUUUAUUUGAAACUGGAUUCAAUGAUAAAUUUUAUGUUCAGUCCCAAAAUAUAAAUAAACUGUUGGAAUGAAAAGCCAAUAGCUGAUAUGCUCCAUCCAGUAAAUGUUAAAAGGGAAAUCUUUGUGUAUGUCUUAGAUUUUUAUUUUGGAGAUUGAUCAUAAUUAAUAUGUUGUAUCCAGAAUGUGAUUAUUUGUGAAGACAAACUUUAUGUAUAAGUAUUUAAAAAAAAAAUGAAUUAAACCCCUAUGCACAAAUCAAAUGUGAGAAGAUUUCUCACUGUAGGCAAAUCAACUUUUGAAUGACUGUUCUUACCCUCACCCCAUUUUAACUGAAUGUCACAGUAAUACAUGAUGUUAGUGUAACAGUUUGGAUACUCUGAUACAAAUGAUUAUUUAGGAUGGGAGUUUACACAUUUUUUGUACUUGUAGACAUAAAAAAAAUCUUUCUGGAGGUUUUUAAUUGAGUUGUCUUCAGACUACUUGUAAAUAUGUUUAUCAUUGAAAGUAUCCAGGGUUAUUCUAUAUCCUACAGUCUACUGUACAUGGUUUGAUUAUCCAUACAAAUUAUUAUCAGUGUUUGCCAUAUGUAAACAAUUUAAUUUUGCCCGGAAUGUUUAUUAUAAGUCAAUUGUCUUCAUUUAUAGUCAUAUAUGUGGUAUGCAAGGGCAAGUAAAGGUUAAACACAAGAUACUAGUAGUUCUGUCUGACCUGGCCUGUCCUGUAUACUACAAUUAUUAAUCCUGUUUGGUGCUGCAGAAGGUAAAUCAAGUACUAGUAUAAGAAGAUCUUCUUGAUAAGAAAUUUUAGAGAUUGUCCUUUGUAUCGAAAUUUAGAUUCAUUUGAUUCUAUUUAUAGAAUUUGGUUCGUUUUCCUAAAAGAGAAGCAACCAACAGGCUUUUCCAGGAAGUGUUUCAUUCUUUCACAUUCUAAUUCUGCUAUAUACUUGAUUUACCUUUAAAAGCGGCUGGUGUGUUUUUCCGUUGUCUCCAUUGCUUUAUUCAUUGUCAGCAAUGUAAAAACACACGAAAAAAUAUUCUGUUCUUUUCUUUAUUUUUUUUUAAAUUUCAUUAUUAAAUGUUUGAAAAAUGAAA